AUGGACAGAACGGAGACUAGGUUCCAUAAGAGGGGACAGAUUACAGGAAAGAUCACGACCAGCCGUCAACUGCACCCCCAGAAUGAGCAGAGUCCCCAGCGGAGCACCUCGGGCUACCCCCUCCAGGAGGUGGUGGAUGAUGAAGUGUUGGGACCAUCAGCCCCUGGGGUAGAUCCCAGCCCCCCAUGUAGGUCCCUUGGCUGGAAAAGGAAGAGGGAGCGGUCAGAUGAAUCUGAGGAGCCGGAGAAGGAGCUCGCCCCUGAGCCUGAGGAGACCUGGGUAGUGGAGAUGCUGUGUGGGCUCAAGAUGAAGCUGAAGCAACAGCGAGUGUCACCCAUCCUCCCUGAGCACCACAAGGACUUCAACAGUCAGCUUGCCCCUGGGGUAGAUCCCAGCCCCCUGCAUAGGUCCUUUUGCUGGAAAAGGAAGAUGGAGUGGUGGGACGAAUCUGAGGAGUCGUUGGAGGAGGAGCCACGGAAGGUGCUCGCCCCUGAGCCUGAGGAGAUCUGGGUGGCGGAGAUGCUGUCUGGCCUCAAGAUGAAGCUGAAGCGACGGCGAGUGUCGCUCGUGCUCCCUGAGCACCACGAGGCCUUCAACAGGCUGCUUGAGGAUCCUGUCAUUAAAAGAUUCCUGGCCUGGGACAAAGAUCUGAGGGUGUCGGACAAGUAUCUCCUGGCUAUGGUCAUAGCGUAUUUCAGCCGGGCCGGCUUCCCCUCCUGGCUAUACCAACGCAUUCAUUUCUUCCUGGCUCUCUACCUGGCCAAUGACAUGGAGGAGGACGACGAGGACUCCAAACAAAACAUCUUCCACUUCCUGUAUGGGAAGAACCGCUCUCGCAUACCCUUGCUCCGUAAGCAUUGGUUCCAGUUAGGCCGUUCCAUGAACCCGAGGGCCAGGAAGAACCACUCUCGCAUACCCUUGCUCCGUAAGUGUCGGUUCCAGUUAGGCCGUUCCAUGAACCCGAGGGCCAGGAAGAACCGCUCUCGCAUACCCUUGGUCCGUAAGCGUCGGUUCCAGUUAGGCCGUUGCAUGAACCCGAGGGCCAGGAAGAACCGCUCUCAGAUAGUCCUGUUCCAGAAACGUCGGUUCCACUUCUUCUGUUCCAUGAGCGGCAGGGCUUGGGUUUCCCCGGAGGAGUUGGAGGAGAUCCAGGCUUAUGACCCAGAGCACUGGGUGUGGGCACGAGAUCGCGCUCGCCUUUCCUAG